AUACGAGAUGGAAAAAUCCGUAUAGACAUAUAUCCACAAUUAUUGCUACUUGCCUGGCUGGUCUCGGAUAUAGGCUCAAUAGGAAGUUGAUAACAUACUCGAUAAACAAUUUUGUGUAUAAAAGGGACCGACGACGACGAGUAUGUCUUUGUAGUCCAGAGGUAACUCAAAUCAACACUCUAAAUAUAUUUUACAUAUAUCCCCGUGAUCAGAGAAAGCUUUCAAGAUGCGUGUUUCCAUCACCGUAUCCCUUGCUGCCAUUGUUGCGCUAGCACUUUCGACUCCCACGCCACAAUCAGACCCCCCUGAGACUGAUCUCUGUCUGCAGCGGAAAUUCCUCACCGCGGAUCUCUGCUCAGACAUUGACGCUACAUACACUAAUGAGACUCUUCCUGGUCUUGGCUGGUACUGUUGCUGGUUCCAAGGACCAUUCACGCCUCCGCCUGCUCUUCCCGUUUCGGCGUGGUUAACCUACGCGGAGGAUGGUUCGGUUGCGAAUCGUUGCUUGGCUAGUGGGACAUGUACGACGGGACUGCCUAAUGGCGAUAGUUAGGUACCUACCUAGGUAGAUAGCCAGCAGAUUGGAGCUGUUAGGCUACCGUAUCGGAAGCUAUACAAUUUCUAUAGCG